AUGAGCGCCCCUGUCCUGAACCUCAGCUUCCUGCGCGCGGGCAGUCGCGGCACGUCGGUCAACUACGGCGGCGCCAUGCCCGACAUGCACCUGCCGCCCACCGCCGACGACCUGCACGAGCAGCUCCAGACGUCGACCGCGCUGUCUGCAGGGUUUCUAUUGCCGCCCGUGGCCGACCCGGCCGCCUACGCCCGUGCGCACUUUCAAGUCAAGUACACGGAGGACAACGCGCAGGCGCUGCAGUUCGCCAAAGGCACGACGACGCUCGCGUUCAUCUACGAGGGCGGCAUCAUCGUGGCCGUCGACUCGCGCUCGACCAUGGGGCCGUUCAUUGCCUCGCAGCAAGUGAAGAAAGUGAACGCGAUCAACGAGUACAUUCUCGCGACAUUGGCCGGCGGCGCUGCCGACUGCCAGUUCUGGCAACGCAACUUGGCCGUCCAGUGUCGGCUCUACGAGCUGCGCAAUCGCCAGCGCAUUUCGGUCCGCGCGGCCUCGAAGCUCAUUGCCAACACGUGCAACUACUACAAACGCUACGGCAUGUCGCUCGGCAUGAUGAUGAUGGGCUACGACAAUGGCGCGCCCGUGCUCUACUACGUCGACGACGAGGGCUCGCGCAUCCCCGCGAGCAAGAGCGUGCCCAAGUUUAGCGUCGGCUCGGGGUCCACCUACGCCUAUGGCGUGCUCGACUCGAACUGGCGCUGGGACUUGACCGACGACGAGGCCGUUGAGCUCGGGAAACGCGCCAUCUACCACGCGACGCACCGAGACGCCUACAGUGGCGGCUUUUGCAACGUGUUUGUGUUCAAGCCAGACGGCUUCCAGCACGUCGUGCACGAGGACGUCAAGAACAUGCACGACUAUUCGCGUGGCUACUAA